AUGGAUCCAACAACACUGGAACUGGACUACUCCCUCAUCCUUCCUCCUCCGCCACCGUGGUACGAAUCAACGCCGAUAACUGUACAGUAUCCGCCACCGCCGCCGCCUUCGGAUCAACGCGAGAUCAUCGUCUUCCUCGUCGUCGCCUUCGCGGCGUCCCUGGUCGGGCUAUUCGUCUGCGGCUUCAUCAAGGGGCUACGCCACAGCCGCGAUCGCGCUGAGGCAGCGGAAGCCGCCGCAGCAGCCGCCCCUAUGCGGCGAUCGUGGCCGCGGGCGCUGCCGCAGCUGGAACCUACCCGGCACUUUCAAGAGCUGCGGCGCCUUCGCCAGGCGAGAGCCGCAACUCCGGCGGCCCGCCUACCAUCGUUCAAGUACAACCUGUCGGUAAAGUGCAACGUGAUCGGCGGUGUGGAGGAGGCGGCGACGUGCUCGGUGUGCCUCGGCGCGUUCCAGCUCGGGGAGACGGUGCGGCUGCUGCCGGUGUGCCUGCACCUCUACCACGUCGAGUGCAUCGACCUGUGGCUGGAGGCGCACUCGACGUGCCCGAUCUGCCGCUCCGACACUCACCCGACGACCGACGUCGCUCUGCUACCGCCUGUGUAG